AUUUUAUCGUUAGCUCCGCGGUCACACUAUAUAGAAAAUCUUGGAUUAAAACGAAAAAAAUUUAUUAGUCAAGCAAACGAUAGAAAUUCGCCGUUACAAGGUCCACUAAAGGCGACCACAGCAAGCGCAACCAUGUCCUGGACAGAGAAAGUCGACCCGGAGCUAAUUUUCACGAAACAGGAGCGCAUAGGCAAGGGUUCGUUCGGUGAGGUUUUCAAAGGCAUCGACAAUCGCACCCAGCAGGUGGUGGCCAUAAAGAUAAUCGAUUUGGAGGAGGCCGAGGAUGAGAUCGACGACAUCCAGCAGGAGAUAAUGGUGUUGUCGCAGUGCGACUCGCCGUACGUGACCAAGUACUAUGGGUCGUUUUUGAAGGGCACCAAGCUGUGGAUCAUCAUGGAGUAUCUGGGUGGCGGCUCGGCCUUGGAUCUGAUGAAGGCUGGCUCCUUCGAGGAGAUGCACAUCGGGAUCAUACUGAGGGAGGUCCUCAAGGGUCUCGACUACUUGCACUCGGAGAGAAAGCUGCAUCGAGAUAUCAAGGCAGCCAAUGUUCUAUUGAGCGAGCAGGGGGACGUAAAGCUGGCUGAUUUCGGAGUGGCUGGCCAGCUGACAAACACCACCUCGAAGAGGAACACCUUCGUGGGCACGCCCUUCUGGAUGGCCCCGGAGGUGAUUAAGCAAUCGCAGUACGAUUCGAAGGCCGACAUCUGGUCGCUUGGAAUCACUGCGAUUGAGCUGGCCAAAGGCGAACCGCCCAACUCUGAGCUGCAUCCGAUGCGCGUCCUCUUCCUCAUACCCAAGAACAAUCCGCCCCAGCUGACUGGCAACUACACCAAGUCGUUCAAGGACUUUGUCGAGGCCUGCCUCAACAAGGACCCGGAGAACCGGCCCACGGCCAAGGAGCUGCUCAAGUAUCCGUUCAUCAAGAAGGCCAAGAAGAACGCCUACCUGAUCGAUCUGAUUGACCGCUUCAAGAAGUGGAAGGUCUCCAAGGGCGACGAGAGCGAGACGGAGUCCGAGAACUCCGACUCGGACUCGGAUGCCAAGCAAAGCGGCAGCAGCCAGGACGAGCCCUGGAUCAUGACAGUCAAGGGGCUGCACAUCAACAGUGCCCCGCGAGCGGGCGUCAACAGCUUCCAGCUGCAGGAGCACGAGCUGACAAUGCAGAAGCUGAUGCAGACCACACAAUCCCCGGCCGGCGGGAAUUCCGUCUCGUCUGUGUCCGUCAUCUCUACAUCCAACUCCAACGAAGCGUCCGCGUCCACGGCGUCUGCCCUGGCGCCCCAGGCGAACCACAACCAUAGCCACAGCCACAACAACAAUAACAAUAACUUGAGCAACAAACAUGCCACGACCACGACUAUGCUUAAUGCUCCGCCUCCGAGCUCGGCCGGAGUGACGGCAUCGGGUGUGACCAAUUCCUCAUCGGCGAACGAACUAAUCCAGAAGCGGUCCAGCUCCAAGCCAGAGUUACGUCAGUCCCGUUCAGCGGCUCCGUUGGAUCAGGUGGAGGAGCGUCGUGCCUCUCUGGGACUGCCAAUGGCUGCUGCGGAGCAGCAGCACCACCAUCAGCAGCAGCAGCUCCACCACCAACAGCAGCAGCACCACCACCAACAGCAGCAACAGCACCUCCAACAGCAGCAACAACUACAACUACAACAGCAGCAGCAGCGUCGCAGCAGCCAACGUGAAUCAUUCCAUGCAACAAACGCCAGCAGCGGCAGCAGCAGCAGCAACAGCAACAACAUCAACGACGACCAUCCCUCUUCCAAUCAUGUGAAACAGCCGCCAACGGGCCAGCGCAUAAUCCACACGAACAGUGCCUGUUUGAACAACUUCCUCUUCCCCGUACUGAGCGACAUCCAGAGGAAGUACUCUGGCGGCAGCGGCAGCACCAGCAAGAACAUGGGCGUCGGCAGCGACAUUGGCGACCUCAAGUCGGUGUUCGAGCUGGCCGAACGGUCCAGCCCGGGAGUGAGUGAUCUGUUCAUGAAGGAGCUUAUCCAUAUGCUCGUGCCGGGCUACUCGGAGACGCGCAUUAACAAUAUCAUGGACCGCGCCAUACGCAAUCGCAAGUAGGGCCGUCCAACGGCCAACCAAUUCCAAACAACCAACCUAUAUAUAUAUAUAAAAUUAUUAACACAACCCGACACGAACAGAAAAACAAAAGACGAGAAGCGAAGAAAACAAAAAGGGAAACACCAGAAAUAGACAUGUAUUGUAUUCCGACAUUUAGUGGCCAAUGGAGCAGCAGCAGGACAUAUGUAUAUGUAUUUCAAUUGAACAGUUAUUUAAGCAUACAAUAUGUAUUCGUUUGUUUAUCUGCAAUAUUAAUCUAAUGUAAAACAUAUAUAACUUCAAAAUAAAAACGACAGAAAAUAUCA